CAAACAUGUGCCGAGGAACUGUCAGACUUUUGAUUACAAACAUUUGGCAGGUUCCUGGGAUUUAAAAGUAUGGAGGAACUACGAGUUCUGGAAUUAUUCAGUGGCAUAGGCGGAAUGCAUUACGCUUUAAGGACCAGUCAGAUUCCCGGUACAGUCGUGGCGGCUGUCGACAUAAACACCGUAGCGAACGUAGUGUAUACUCACAACUUUCCUGAAACUCGCCUCCUAAAUAAUAAUGUACAGAAAUUGACUCCUCGUGCUAUCAAUAAGUUGGACGUAAACACAAUCCUGAUGUCGCCACCAUGCCAACCAUUCACACGUGUAGGGAACCAGAGAGACGUGGACGACUACCGCUCGGAUGCUCUUAAACAUCUUUCCGACGUGGUUGGUGAUUUGACCACAGUCGACAAAAUUUUGAUGGAGAAUGUCAGGGGAUUUGAAAAGUCCCGCGCUCACGACAUGUAUAUUCAGUGCCUCAAUUCAAGCGGAUUUGACUACCGGGAAUUCAUAGUGUCACCGACCCAGUUGGGGGUUCCUAACACGCGGCACCGAUAUUUCUGCAUCGCCAGGCGGUCGAGACCAUUCAGUUUCCUACAGAAGGACCAGAUCAGUAUGGAACUUCCCGAGGAAUGUCGAGCUACUAGCUUAGAACCUUUCCCUGUCCAACGUAUUCUGGAGGUCGACGGCAGUUUGCUGGAGGCUUAUUUGAUAAAGGACGACACCUUGCUGAAACGCGCUUGGCUGCUAGACAUUGUUACUUCGGAAGACACGAAUACUAUGUGUUUCACCAAGGCCUAUGUGCACUACUGUGAAGGCACUGGGUCGGUUUUCACGCCAGAAUCUGCUUCAGUUGUUUCUGAAGUGUUCGGAAAAGCGAAAGAAGUCAGACCAGAUAACGUCGAAUAUUUGAAAUUGUUGAGAUCGUUGAAGUUGAGAUAUUUCACACCCAGCGAAGUUGCACGGCUGAUGAGUUUUCCCGCAGAUUUCAGUUUUCCUGGAGAAACAACUGAUCGCCAACGAUAUAGGCUCCUAGGAAAUAGUAUAAACGUUUUAGUUGUAAGCGAAUUAAUAAAGUUAUUGUGUCUUUGAUGUAGA